AUGGCGACGGGGUGCCACCACGCCAUGCCGCUGCGCGACUGCAACGUGCUGAUCAGGACCCUGGCCAGGCGCGGCAGCUUCCAGCGCGUCAUGGCUGUGUACUACGACCUCCGCGCGCGCGGCCUCGUCGCCGACAGCUUCACCUACCCGUUCGUGCUCAGGGCGAUCGGCGUGAUGAAGCUGUCCGUCGAGGGCCGCAAGGCGCACGCGGCCGCCGUGAAGACCGGGUUCCGAUGGGACGCGUACACCGCGAGCUCGCUGAUGGACAUGUACGCGAUGCUGGGCCGCGCGGAUCUGGCGCGGAAGGUGUUCGACGAAAUGCCGCGGAGGUUCCUGGUGCUGUGGAAUAUGAUGAUCAGGUGCUAUGUCAGGUGCGGCCGCUUCACAGCAGCAGUUGCGUUGGCUGAGGAGAUGGAGAGGAGCGGUGCCACACCUGACAGGGUAACGUUGGUGACUGCCGUGACCGCUUGCUCCAGAGCAGGGGACCUGAGCUUGGGAAGGAGGAUUCACUCAUACAUGGAUGCAGUCUUUGGAUUCAACCUCCCAGUUGCAAAUGCACUUCUGGACAUGUACACGAAGAAUGGUUGCUUGGAAGAGGCGGUGAAGAUGUUCGAGCAAAUGCCGGAGAGGAACAUCAUUUCUUGGACCAUACUCGUGUCGGGAUAUGCCCUUGCUGGACAGCUGGACAAGGCGAGAGCUCUCUUCUAUCAAUGCACAGAGAAGGAUCUAAUUCUGUGGACUGCAAUGAUCAACGCCUGUGUGCAAGAUGGAAGCUUUGAGGAGGCAUUGUCGCUGUUCCGAGACAUGCAGUUGCAACGGGUGGAACCAGACAGGUUCACUGUUGUCACUCUUCUGACAUGCUGUGCCAAUAUCGGCACUCUUGAUCAAGGUGAAUGGAUCCAUCAGUAUGCUGAGGGUAGGAAGAUGAAGAUUGAUGCAGUUCUUGGCACAGCGUUGAUUGAGAUGUACUCAAAGUGUGGGCAUGUUGACAAGGCACUGGAUGUCUUUGAGCGAAUGCAGGGCAGAGACGCCGCAGCCUGGACUGCCAUCAUCUGCAGCCUGGCCACACAUGGUCAGGCCAGUAGAGCUCUUGAAUUGUUUGAGGAGAUGCAGAUAAGCAAAGUGAAGCCUGAUGGUAUUACGUUCAUUGGGGUACUGAGUGCCUGCUGCCAUGGUGGCUUGGUUGAUGAAGGACGGAGGCAUUUCCAAGCCAUGAAGGAGGUCUAUCGGAUUGAACCUAGAAUCGAACAUUAUAGUUGCUUUGUCAAUCUUCUAGGGCGUGCCGGUGCACUUGAUGAAGCUGAGAGGUUGAUCAAUGGCGUGCCUGUCAACAAGGACACUAUGCCACUGUUUGGUGCACUCCUCACUGCUUGCAAGGCUCAUGGCAAUGUUGAGAUGAGCGACCGGCUGACCAAACGAAUUGCCGAGCAAGAUUCCCCAAAUCCUGGUGUCAAUGUCCUCAUGUCUAAUGUGUAUGCAACAGCAUGUCGAUGGGAGGAAGCUGUAAGAGUAAGGAGCAAGAUGGCGCACCCCAGUGUCAAGAAGACUGCAGGGUGCAGCUCGAUUGAGGUUAAAGGAUACUAA